GGCAAGAACCCUUUCUUGUGCUAUUAUGUAUUAAUCGGCAGACACAGAAGUGGAGUUCUUGGCUCAGGCAGAUCAGCUAACUCAGGAAUGGGCCCUCACAAGGGGCUUUGGUGAAUACGAAGCAGCUGGUGAGCUGCGGUAGAGACACUGCGUAAGAGAACAGAAUAGAAACAGUAGACAGAGUGCAUAUAAAGCAUGAGUCCCAGAGGGCCCUAGCCAGCUGCAUCCCAGGCAAUCUGGAGCCCGGGGUUGGAGACCCCACCCCUGCUGUGACAUCACAGGGGAGUGGAGUGAAGACGAAUAAAAAGGUGGUCCGCCGCCCUGGCCCUAGACUGUUAGCAGCCAGAGUGUCAAGAGGAGAGAGACUAGGCACUGACUACAGUUGCCUGGCUUACAGCAUCUGGCUCUGUUCCUCAAGUCCCACUAAGUGGCCAGUCCGGGCCUUGAUCUCUUUCUCCCUGUCCUGCGGCCAUCUCUUUGGGCUGCCAUCUGUGGCCCUUCUGAGUGUCUGGGAGUACUUUCUCAGUAUGAACUGUAUAUCAGACUUCUUCACCUACGAGACUACCAAGUCGGUGGUUGUGAAGAGCUGGACCAUUGGGAUCAUCAACCGAGCUGUCCAGCUGCUGAUCAUCUCCUACUUUGUGGGGUGGGUUUUCUUGCAUGAGAAGGCCUAUCAAGUGCGGGACACGGCCAUUGAGUCCUCAGUAGUGACAAAGGUGAAAGGCUUCGGACGCUAUGCCAACAGAGUCAUGGACGUGUCAGAUUAUGUGACCCCACCUCAGGGCACCUCUGUCUUUGUCAUCAUCACCAAGAUGAUCGUUACUGAAAAUCAAAUGCAAGGAUUCUGUCCAGAGAAUGAGGAGAAGUACCGCUGUGUGUCUGACAGCCAGUGUGGGCCUGAACGCUUCCCUGGUGGGGGGAUCCUCACUGGCCGCUGUGUGAACUACAGCUCUGUCCUCCGGACCUGUGAGAUUCAGGGCUGGUGCCCCACCGAAGUGGAUACCGUGGAGAUGCCCAUCAUGAUGGAAGCUGAGAACUUCACUAUUUUCAUCAAGAACAGCAUCCGUUUCCCUCUCUUCAACUUCGAGAAGGGAAACCUCCUGCCCAACUUGACAGCCAAGGACAUAAAGACAUGCCGCUUCCACCCUGAAAAGGCCCCAUUUUGCCCCAUCUUGAGGGUAGGGGAUGUGGUUAAGUUUGCUGGGCAAGAUUUUGCCAAGCUGGCCCGCACGGGUGGAGUUCUGGGCAUUAAGAUCGGCUGGGUGUGUGAUCUGGACAAGGCCUGGGACCAGUGUAUCCCCAAAUAUUCCUUCACUCGGCUGGAUGGAGUUUCUGAGAAAAGCAGCGUUUCCCCUGGCUACAACUUCAGGUUUGCCAAAUACUACAAGAUGGAGAAUGGCAGUGAAUACCGCACACUCCUGAAGGCUUUUGGCAUCCGCUUUGAUGUGCUGGUGUAUGGGAACGCUGGCAAGUUCAACAUCAUCCCUACCAUCAUCAGCUCCGUGGCCGCCUUCACUUCUGUGGGAGUGGGGACUGUUCUCUGUGACAUCAUCCUGCUCAAUUUCCUCAAAGGGGCUGAUCACUACAAAGCCAGGAAGUUUGAGGAGGUGAAUGAGACAACACUGAAGGGCACCACCUCUACCAACCCAGUGUUCCCCAGUGACCAGGCCACUGUGGAGAAACAGUCCACAGACUCAGGCGCCUACUCCAUUGGCCACUAGGGCCUCUUCCCAGGGUCCCAUGCUCAACCUUAG